AGGCAAUUAAAAUGAUUUAAAUCAAUUCCAAAUUAAUCAAUCACAGAUUUGAAUCUCAGGACAAAUUUCUGAGAUUCUAUUUGGUAACUACAAAAAAAGAUCAUGUGGAGAGUUUAAUAAACACCCAAUAAUAAUUCUAAACGUCUUCAGUUUUCAGAAAAACUUUACCCCCUCCUUUUUUUUAAAAAAAAGCUGAUUUCCUUAAACAGGACUUUCUGCUCUGUCUUCAUCACAUGGAUUUGCGUCACUCUAGAAGCGGAACCUGAACAGUAUGCCGCAAAGACGCGCGCAAACCGAGUUUUUUGGUUGUUCUUGCCUCACCUGAGUCCACGAUUUUUUCCUGAUUCAAACCAGAUGCUGCUGCGUGUCCGUGUAAUGCGAUUGCGUGUGUGUGCACACAGGACAGCGUUUACAUUAAAUGGAGAGCACGUGGACGGUGAAGUCGCUGAAAGCCUUUCAAUUGGUGCGUAAUUACGCACAGCGGAGCGGUGACUCUCACUUUGGAUUCCACGCUCAUUACUGUACUUUCAGCUGCAUGUGCAUGUGAGUGAGUGUGUCUGCGUGGGGCGUGGCCUCUGUCAAAUUGUGUUCCCUUCUUUUUUCUUCUUGCGUUUCUGCCUCCACUUCAAAACUGCUGUUGCAGGGGGCAGUUGUGCGACUCUGUGUCUGCGAUACGGACCUACAGAUGCAGCUUUAACGCUCCACAGAUCGGCCGCUGUCGAUGUGAAACACAUCCAGAGACGAUGUUCAGGUUCAUUAAGAUGGCUGAUUGUGCAGCUCACACUUGUGGAAUAUUCCUGGAUUACAGCAGAAAGACUUCUUUACUCCUCUGGGACUAGGAACAGCGUUGUGGGUGACCGUCUUCUCUGUGAACAGCCUGCAGCUUUUGGUCCUUUUGAACACACUUUGCUGAGAUGAAUACGUUCUACAUCGUGAUUGAAGUAGUAAUUGCUGUUCUCUCCAUAUCCGGCAACAUCCUGGUGUGCUGGGCUGUAGCGAUCAACACCACUCUGAAGAACGCCACCAACUACUUUCUGGUGUCUCUGGCUGUGGCUGAUAUCCUGGUCGGUUGCCUCGCCAUCCCCUUCGCCAUAACCAUCAGCAUCGGCAUACAUCUGGACUUUUAUGGAUGCCUCUUCCUCGCCUGUUUUGUCUUGGUACUCACUCAGAGCUCCAUCUUUAGUCUUCUUGCUAUUGCGAUUGACAGAUAUCUGGCCGUCAAAAUUCCUCUGAGGUACAAGGAGUUGAUGACGGGAAAAACUGCCAGAGAGAUCAUUGCUAUUUUGUGGAUCCUCUCCUUUGUUAUCGGCCUCAUCCCCUUCUUCGGAUGGAACUUGAAGUACGCGAGGUGUGGGAACGGCAGCUCUGAUGCAGACAACACUACGAACUCGCAGGGCAGAGGAGACUUACUGCAGAGCUGCAAGCUCCAGUGCUUCUUUGAGAGCGUGGUAGACAUGCACUACAUGGUCUACUUCAAUUUCUUUGUGUGCGUGCUGCUGCCGCUGCUCAUCAUGCUGGGCAUUUAUGUGAAGAUCUUCACCGUGGCCAGGAAACAGCUGAGGCAGAUCGAGCUGAAGUGUGUGGGCAAUGGGGACAGCCAUCACCACGGGCUGCUGCAGAAGGAGAUCCGGGCUGCCAAGUCCCUCUCCAUCAUCGUGGGACUGUUCGCUGUGUGCUGGCUGCCCGUCCACAUCCUCAACUGCCUCACACUGUUUUACGAGGAGCUGAAGAAGCCGGACGUCGUCAUGUACGUGGCCAUCAUUCUGUCUCAUGCCAACUCUGCGGUCAACCCCAUCAUCUACGCUUACCGCAUCCAGGACUUCAGGAACACCUUCCGCAAGAUCCUGGCCCAACACUUCCUCUGCCGUAAGGAGGAGCUGUACCUGAGCUCCAACGGCAGCAGACGCAACAGAGACCAGAUCCACAUGACCAUCGACCCUCUGCUAUAGAGAAGGAGAAUCAUCUGUGUCAACUUGGUUGUUUCAGUCUUGAAUUUAAAUUUCACUGAGGAUUAUGUUUACAGAACAAGGGUAUGAUGUGUGAAGAUGAUGUCAAACGUGCCGUGAAUGUGGACAUUUAUUUAUGAGUAUCAGGGGAUAAAGCAGUGAAAUGUUGAGUAGUGAGUCUCACAUAACUUUUGUAUUAUGAAGGAUUUUUGAUUUUGUUGAAGCUAACUGGAUUUGUAGGACUGUGAACAGGAUCCACACUUAAAAUGCUAUUUAUCAUUCUGAAUCCACGCUGUUACAAACACUCCUCUUUUUUUGCCCUGCUAUUUUAUGUCGUCAACAUUCAGUGCCAUUGUUUCAUUAUUUAUUUAUUACCAGACCAUGUCUUUGAGAAUGUAAAGAUCAAACAACUUUUGUGUGGCUAGAUCUGUGUUUGUGGACCUAAAAAGGUACAACAGUAGUAGUCUUUGUCCGUGGUUAUUUUUGGCAUAAGAACCUUCAUGCUCAUGUUCAUUACAGACUCAAUUUACAGGACAGAUAAGAUUUCUUUAAAUUCUAAUUAUAAGAGGAGCAAGGACUGUGGCAUUUUUCAUAUCUAUAUCCAAAAUUAACAGCAGAUAACAAAAAUACACCAGAUCCUUGAAUAGCAGAAAUGUUCCCAACGUUCACAGGUGUUCCUGGGAGUGCUGGCAGAGGGAUCAGAAAUAGACUUUUCUGUAUACAGGAAGUCACCAUUAGCUAAAUUAAAAGAUCAGGGAGAGACAUGCAAAGCAAACAGAAGGAAAAAAAAAUACAUUUCCUUACUCAUGAAUCAUCUAUCGAACCCACAGGGGUCACAGAAUUAUCUGGUAACCCCUGUGGCUGUGUACUAGAGAUAGAUUUUUUUGACUCCAAAAUAAACAGCAUGAUUAGCUUCAGUCACGCAAACCCAGAAAUAAGUAGUUUAGCAAAAACACACCUGUGGUGGUGCUCCAUAUCAUUUCCAUUUUUCUCAAGACAAAAGCUCAGGAAGUCAGAGACUAGAUUGUACCCUUAGUAUAGCACAGAGCAUCUUCAGCUGCUUUACAUUGAGCCAAAUGUGAACAUGCUGUACCUGGAAGACAGUCUCAAACUUGAUACUUCAAACCAAUGCAAUUUACAUGAGUCCUCAUCAUCCAAGCUUUGCAUUCAGUGGGUAACAUAAAGCACCGUUGCUUUGAUUCAUGUCGCUGUAUAUGAACGUCACUUGCUGAUGGAGUCCAGCUGAUACCCCCUUCCCCUCAGAUUGUCUCACCUGGGAUCCUGAAGCCCUGUUAGUGCAGUGAGUCCACUAGUCAGUGACUGAACUGCUUCAUUUGAGAAAACAAGACAUUUUAGUUCAAGGACAUAACCUCUGAAAUAUGUUGCAUUUAAACUCCUAUUAGGACUCCAAUCUUCGUCAUGCUAGCAAAUAUGGACAACUUAAGCCCAGCUGAUGACAGAAAAGGAGAGAAUUUACAAGUGAGGUAGGGAACACUAAGGAAUUACUGUCUUAGAGGCAAAUUCUUUCACUUCAGUGACGCACAAAGUGACACUGACACUGCAACCUUUGUGGUAGAGGUGACUAACACCAUAAGUGACUGAAGACGGAACAAGAGCAUUUAUAUAAUUUUUUUUUUUUUAAAGGUCUUUGUGAAUUCAACCAGAAGAGUAGUUUUGUUCAGUGUCGUAUCUUAUGUGAAGAACUGAAGGUGUUUUGGUCACCUGAGAGCCAUCACUACACAAAUGAAAACAUUGCACUGACAUUUUAGACUAUUCCCUGUUUGGUGUGCUUCACUCGUGUUGUUGAACCUUGUCACGUUGGUGUUAAAUAAGUGUUCUUAACUUGAGCACUUGCCUCAACAGCUUCACCAUCUCCCCUCAUUUGCUGUUGUGUCCAGUGUUCCACCUCUGACUAACUUCAAGGGCUAAAAUACGGGAUUGUGCCAACGUUUUAGUACAUUCCAAUGGAGACAUCUAUACUGUAUCUGCACUGUAUUGUUGUAUUAUUGCCUUUGCUGACUCGUGUUAAAAUAAGUACUGUAGGUGUCCGGCUUUCUACAAGCUAUUGAUUGAUGUCAUACUAUUGCCUUUUUCCAAUUUUAAAAGUAAGACAGACAAUAACAAGUUGAUCUAGUUGAACAUUCCUGCCUUUCAUUCCGAAGUACCCAUCUGUCAGUGCUCUCUAGUGUCGUUACUAAUCAGGAGAAACAUCCACUGUGGUCAAGCUGAUGUUCCAUUCUUUUGUUCAUUCAACAAAACUACAACUGCAAACUGAUACUGCUUUUUAACAUGAUGCAAUCUGUAUGUAUGGUGAAUUAUUUUGUUAAUAAAGGCAGUGUUUAUAUUGUUAAACAUCAGUCUUUAUUCCUAAUAUUUCAAUUUUAAAUCAUAAAAACAUCUAUGCAAACUGAGUCCCAAAUUAUUCAUAUCUUUGCCGUAUUUAGAUUUUUGAUACAUUUUUAUUUGACCAAUGGGGUUCUUCUGGCUAAAAAUGACAAAAAAGAAAUGACAAAAAACCCACCCCAAAAAACAGUAAAACAUUGCCAUGUCCAAAAUUAAUACACAGGCACUGUUCCCUCUAAGCUGCGCGCGUGCGCAAUUGCGCACUGCUGACACGGUCUCCGCGCACAGAAAAUCUGCUGCGCACAAAAAAAAAAAAAAAAUCCAACCUAAAUUGUAAAUAAAAUAAACAUGUAACAAUUCAUUCUGUGCUAUUUUUCAAUGUGAGUCAGUGAGUGACCGGUGACUGGCUGCUGCAGCCAAUGAUGCUAUUCACAUACGUAUUUACCAUAGACUGUAUAUAAUGGUAUUUACGCAGCUAAUCAACGUCAGGCUUCCUUAUGUGCAGCCAUCGUUGUUGUCAUAGAUAUGAAUGAGUAGAUAGGACACGCCCCUUUGAGCUGCGUGCUACAGCGAGGCUAAGCUAGUGGGGGCAAAGUUUCAGUGCAUUCCGUUGAUGUAGACGGCGUGAAAACGGAAACAACAAGUAUGCCGGCUCACUGUGCUGCAUACAAUUACACACUACGUCGUACGAUUGAGACAAGGGAACUUGGAAUGACUUUUCAUAGGUAAGAAUAGUUUUUGGCUCUUUUUUCAUUAUGAAAUCUUGUUGAGAGCUUCCAGUCUAUGAGAGCUAACUAGUUAGCCACUAGCAAAACGCUAAGGCGAGCUAGCAGCUUGACAACCAAAUACCAGACGAUUAAUAGUAGCUGUAGUAUAGUUGUACAAGCAGUAGUAGUAGUACUAAAAAUACAAGCAGCAGUAGUAGUAUAAACAGCUGUUAGAGUCGUAGAAGUAGUAUCAGCAUUUGUAAUAGUAUUACAAGUUGUAGUAGCAGUGCCAGUAUCAGCAGCAGUAGUUAAUAGUCACAUUGCUAUUACUACCACCAAUACUACCAAUAGUAGUUAUAAAGCCUAACUCAUGUAUAUCCAGAUUACCAUCUAUGUUCUUCCUCCAAACCCAUUUUAUGAUUGGGAUUACAGGCAAUUCUUUAGGACUGCUCUCAAAUAAUUGAAAUGUUACUAAACAAGGUUAUACUUAUCAAAUUAAAUAGCUCUGCUCUCCAGUAUAUUGGCGAAUUCGGUUCUUUGUACUUAAUUUAUUAGCAUGAUUUCUUUUUAAUAUGUUGUGUACAGACUUAAUUACUUGUCUGUCUACUUUUCUUACUCCAUGUAGGUUUCCCAGAGACUAUGGGUUGAGGAGGAAUUGGAAGUUUGUCGGCUUAGACCUGGUGUCAUUCCAUCAGUGUUAAACUUCCCGGCUCAUCUUGGAAGAGUACGUGCCAGAAAGACCACGACCAAGCAGCCUUGAGAUCUUAGGUAGCAUCUCCCUCAGGUCCCUCUCUAUCUCCCCACACAUCCACCAACCACUGGAACACAUCUCCAAAGUUCUGCCGGGCCAGCUCAGCUUCCCCUCAGAAGAAGUGCUGCCACCUGACAGAUGAAGGAGCCUUUUGAGAGGCAGCUGGCAUCGUGAUUGGACUGUACUUUGGUCUGUUCCAAUCCAGCUUCAGCUCCAGAGACGGCAGGCGGGACGAGUCAACGGAGGCCAGGUGGACGAAGGCAUGCAGCUGAGUACAAUCUAGAAAACAACAGAGGAGGAGUGCAGCAGCCCAGAGCCAGAACAAGCAGAACCAAAGAACUACAGACUCUUCACAACCUGCUCAAACUCUUGGUACAGGACCUCACCACACGGGUCAAGAAGGUUUCCAUCUCAUUUCUACUCUGAAGCUCACCUUCUCCUGCUCAAACUGCUGACAAAUGUUUCUGCUGCUCUAAAGUCUGGUCUCCAGAACUUCCUAAAAACUCUCAAAGUCUCUUCUGCUGCAGGUUGCUUUGUAGAACUGUUCCAGAAAACCUCACUAAACCACAUGGAGGGGCCUCAAGAUAGUCGUCCAAAUGAAACCAUACAAAAACGAAACUAGCACAACCCAAACGCUAAAGUCUCCUGCAGCCUACCAGAGAACCUCUGAGAACAGAGAAUCAGGACAGGAACUCUUACCUUCUGGACAACCAACGUUGGUUCUCAAACAAGAACACAAUGUGUCUGACCAAAAACCUCUGAAGACUCACUACAGCCAAGAUAAAGACACAACUCAGCUGCACCAAAUCCACUAAUCACUGCACACAUUAGCACCAUGUGCUAACUGUGGCUAAAGAACCUCAUUUACCAAGACAACUAUCCAGUACAAAGCCCUAAAACACACCAAGAAACACAUUAAAGACGAUUUUACUGCUGGAAGCUGCAAGCCAAUGCCUGAA